CGUUUUUUACUGGUGGAUGUAAACACUUCCUCUCCGCUGGGUCGCAGUACCUGACGCAGCUGACUGGCUCAAGUCCCUCGCUCUCACUCCUCAGUGCCGCACACACCACCACCUGAGAGAGUAAUGGUGAUCAUGCGAUCUGGGACAAGAACAAAAAAGGAUACUUCACAGAAUGCAACCUUAGAAGCUGAAUCUAACGGAAAGACAAUGAGUGGUUCAAGUGAAACCUCCUUGCAUAGUGAAAAAGCUGAUUCUACUUCAGUUAGUAAUAAGGCUCCUUCAAAAAUGCAGGGUAUUGUGUUUAUGAGUUUGAUCCUGGACCUCCUGGGCUUUACAGUGAUAUUACCACUGUUUCCUGCCCUACUGGACUAUUACUCCAAGCAUGACACUAGUGGACUGUACUCAACAUUACUCAGCUGGGUGGCCACAUUUCAACACUUGAUAGGAAUACCAGCAAGGUUUAAUUCUGUUCUUUUUGGAGGUCUGUUGGGAUCGUUGUUUUCUUUGCUACAGUUCCUUGCCUCACCCAUAACUGGGGCUCUGUCUGAUGUGUACGGACGGAAGCCCAUCUAUAUUUGUACCCUGAUUGGAGUUGCAGCAUCAUAUGGGAUGUGGGCAUUAGCUAGCAACUUUGCAGUAUUUGUGCUGGCCAGGAUCAUUGGAGGUGCAACCAAAGGAAAUGUAUCUCUUGCUUACUCAGUUAUGACUGACAUCUCUGAUGAAAAAUCAAGAGCCAAAGGGAUGGCCUUGAUAGGGGUGGCAUUCAGCAUUGGGUUCACCAUCGGCCCUGCAGUAGGAGCCAUGUUCUCCCGCUGGGGAAGCACAGGCUGGUUUGCAGCUUCUGCUAUGUAUGCACUCGCACUAGCUCUAUGCAACAUUGUUUAUACAUACAUCUUCUUCAAGGAGACCUUGCCUGAGACAAAUAGAAGGAAAUCAGUUGCCUCAGGACUGUCACAGGCAUGGGAGCUGAUCAACCCAAGGUCACUCUUUUCCUUCAGUCCUGUCAAAGGACUUGAAAAGCAAGAAAGAGCAAAAUUGGUCCAGCUGGGACGUGUGUAUUUCUUGUACCUCUUCCUCUACUCCGGGCUGGAGUUUACUCUGACCUUUGUGACCCACCACAAACACAGCUAUGACUCAAUGGCACAGGGCCGUAUGUUCUCCUACUUAGGAUUAGUAAUGGCCUUAAUGCAAGGAGGUUAUGUGCGACGUGUCAAAGAUGGUAGUGAGAAAGCCAUGGCCAACAAGGGUCUGAUCAUGAUGAUACCUGCCUUCAUCUUAAUUGGUGCCAGUGAAACAAACUGGGGUUUGUACACUGGACUGACCUUAUAUGCUCUAGGCUCGUCCAUGAUGGUCCCGUGUCUCACUGCAUUGGCUUCCUACCAUGGUGCAGAAUCUCAUAAAGGUACCUUAUUGGGCAUUUGGAGGUCUUUAGGAGCUUUGGCAAGAGCAGUUGGACCAGUUGUAACAUCUAUAGGUUUCUGGUCAAUGGGUGCUGAGCUGUGCUAUAUAAUAGGAGGAUUGUCCAUGGUGUUUCCUCUGAUCUUGUUGCAGUCGUGCUGAGCUGUCACGGUAAGAUGUGUGUGUGAAACUCUACCUUCUGUCGGGUUUUUGUUGCCAUUUAACAAAAAUGUACAGUUGUCAGCAAAAGUUCUCCACACACUUGCUACACAUGGCUGUGGGAGGACUUUUGCUGGCAACUGUACAUGUGAAUCUUUUUCAUUUUUAUUUGAAAUGUUGUGCAGGUAUGUUUUUGGUAUCUGCUGGUGUGAUACAGUAUAUGGAAGUUGUGAGAUGUCAGUACAUAUUUUAUUUUUUAUUUACCUUUGUAGGUAUAUAAAGCCUACAUACAUUUUCAGGGUAAUAAUCUGAGCAUGAAUGGACUAGGUAAUGAUCUUGUGGGAAACACAAAAUAUAUGUGUGAGGCCAUCCCCUUCCAAUCACACCUGCACUGUAAUACAGUAUAGAAACUCACUCAUUUCUAUUUACUCCACUAUAUUUUGUACAAGUUAUGGAAAAAAGCUUUAUAACAAGUUAAAGUAGGUUGUUUUUAUAAGAUUUUAUAUAUAAAAAUAAUUUUGAUGUGUAAAGCAAUAUUUUUGUUCCAAUAAGGUAAAUCACUUUUUAAAAAUGGAUACUGUCUGUAUUGUUUGUGAGAAUUUGUAAAGAAUAUAUCCAAGAUCUUAUUUUUCUAAUCAUCACUUUUAUGGAUUGUUAUCUAGAUGAAUUUCAUGUCUGUCUGUCUGUCUUGAUAUAGGAAUGUAGUGUGACACACCUAACAACUGCUUCUGUGUGUGUUUGUGUGAAUAUGAUGGUGUUACUAAGUAAUGAUACUGAAAAUUAACUUAAGAUAAUGAUCUCUGAAAAUAAUGAUUGUAUGCUUGAUCAGUUUUUGUCUCAAUUCAAACAUUGGAAGUCUUCAUAUGCCCAUUGAAAAUGUACUCUAUAUCAUGUGGCACUGAUGUCUUGGUGGCUGUUCCUAAGCUUUUCUCUGUGUGGAAGCUAACUCUUAUGUCAACACAUGUUUUGAUGAAUUUUAUAUGAGUAAUUAUUAUCGACACAGUUAAGUAUACCAGAUUUAAGUCUUUGUCGAAAGUCAAAGGGGCAGUGAAAGGAUUAGGGUCAUUUAUGAUGAUGGGUGUAUGGUGUGUCACGGUUCUCCUGUUUCUGUGUGGUAAAGAUUGUAGCAUAAGUCUGUACUAAGAUAUUGUUCACAGAGGUAACUUCAGGGGUCAUAUCAGGGAUUCAGAGUUGCUAUGAUAUCGUUUUUGGAACCUGUGUGAAUGUGUAUGUGUUUAAAGAAAAUAUUUUUAAUGUGAUGACCCUAAGAAUCAUUGCUAUACCAACCUAAACAUGUAUAAAAUUCAGGACUUUUAUGGAGAUGUAUAUGUUCCCAAUACACCUGUGAUUUUGAAUUUGUUUUAAGUUCUGGGGUUCAGAAUUAAAUAACACUGAUGUUGAGGCCCGUGGACACACUAUAAAUGUCCUCUCUGUGCACACAUACACAAGUUCCAACUACUGUACCAUGUUUGAAUCAAGACAAUAAACAUUUUGCAAUACUGACUGUAUACUUAAUUAUAUAUGAAAGCUCAUAUAAGAGGUUGUUAUAAUAAUAUGAUAGUGUAUUUGUCAUUAUAUUUUUGAUACUAUUGUGAUACUAAUGUCUCUUUAGUUUUGUAUUUAUUCCCCCCCUGGUGUGUUGGUUGGAUCAAGGCUUACAUUAAAUAUGAAAUUUUAAAUACAGUAAACUUCUUUAAUUCAACAGUUAAGGGGUAUUAUAUUGAUGUAACCAAAUUAUUGUAAUUUAUUUUUUAGAAACAUUCCAUCACAAAUGCUUUAAUGAAGAUUUAAAAGUUCAUUGAUUCAGUAAGUUAUGCAGGAGUUUAUAUAUAUUUUUAUACAGUAGCUUCAAAUUUAAGAGCACUUGAAAUUCUAUAUGACACAUGUUAACCUUUAUAUUUUUAAUAGCAUGUCAGAUUGUCUAAGGUGACAGAUAAAUAAAAGUGUUGAGGUACUGGUAUGUGGAAUUGAAAAUCAAAAAGAUGAAAAUAGAGAAGUUCAUAAUGGCUGUUUAUCAUAGGUAAAGAAGAAGCUGUCCCUCUUUGUAGUUAGUUUGGUCAUGCUGUCAGGCACCCCCAAAGUAAAUAAAUUUUUCAAUACUCAAAGGGGUGCCAGCUCACAGUGUUGGAACAAGCACUGGGCAUAUCAAGAUGUUGUGUAUGAUAAAGUAGUUCUGAAACUAUGUUGUAACACCACUGCCCCCGCUGGCUGUAGUAUCAUUUAAUGUUUCACAAAUAGAUACAGAUCUGAAAACAGAGAGGCCUGAAGCCUUCAUCUGGAGUAAACAUCAUUAAGGUUAGUUUGUAAAAUACUACAAUCACACAGGUCUUCUUUAUAAUGGGCUUUUGGGGGUUAUCAUCCCCAGGUGGGAAUUGUCCCCUCCUUAUAUUUGAACUUAUUUCCUCCCAAUGCUGUAAGUUCCAUAAUAAGAAAAACAGAAGUGAAUUAAUACUGUACUUAAAAGAUUUAAACCAGCAUAAGGGUUCAGUGUUAGUCUGAAUCAGUGUAUGUACAGGAGACACUGAUAGUGUGUAUGAAUCCAAAUACAGUAUCAGUACAGCCUAUAAAUAAGCCUUCAGCAAUAUAUAAAGGGCACCUGACAGGUUCAUAGAAAGCACAAUGUUGCUUUUUAGUUCCAUAGACACAUUGUUGAUAUCUUCUGUACACACAGUCUUCAGGAGCAUUAUUGUACUAAUAUUGAGCCCAUAAAUGGGGCAUUUAAUUAUUUCUUUAUGUACAUGAACCAUUAUAUCUGAUACUGUAUAGUAUAGGAAAAAAUUCAAACUUGGUGUUUACAGCUGUUAAUUUUGUUUGCUUGUGCAAUAUAAUUUAUUAAUUUUAUUUUGUAUUUACUUUUAUUGCCAGUACAUGUGUUUGUGUUACCACAUUUGAAUAUUCUUUUUUUUUAUAAUUAUCAGUUGCUGAAGCAUGUUGUUUAUACAGUACAAACAUUACCAGAUCUUUGUACUGUACCUGAUUUAUAUAAAUGGAAAAGAGAUUCCUCAUCUAACAAGGAUUUAUGUCACCUAUUAUAGUUUUUUAUUAUUAUUAUUCUGUAGCUUUAUAAUGAAAUUUUAGUCAUAGAAUAUUCAUAAUCACAGAAAUCUCAUUUUUUGUUGUUAAUGAAAUUCCAAGAAUUAAUCUCCAUAGUACUCCAGUAAUGGAUUUGAUUUAAGAUUUUUUGUAUUUGCUUGAUUCUCACUAAGUUUAAUAUAAGUAAUGUACAGUACUCUAAUCCUUCUUGUACUACAGACCAACCAAUGUUAAUUUCUCCGUCUUUACAAUUUGAAACACUUGACGAAAUGCUUUGAUAUAUUUUCCAUUGCAUCGUCGAAUAUGGAUAUGCCUGCUCCCAUAUUAAAAUACUGUUUGCAGAACAUACUUGUAAAUAAAAUAUCUGCAGGAUUAAAACUUAAUAACUGGUUAUGUAUUUUGGAAUUCUGCCAGUUCUUUAAAUGAAAGUGUUACCAAAUAAUAUGGUCCACAUAAUAGAUUAUGGUUGUACUGUACUAUACCAAUACCUGUGGUCAAUUGUUCUAAAACUAGGGGACUAACACUGCUCAUAAAACCAUGAACUACAUUGACUCGUGAGUAACGAUAUUUUUUGGGGGGGAUUGUAUGUACAUGCUUACCACACCCAAUAAUGUUUUGUGCAUGGUGUCAGUUUAUGAUAAAGAUGGGGUUAAAAUCUGUAAGUUGUCUCCCUGGAAGGUGAUAGUUUGAAAAAAAAUGUAUUGUUUUAAUUAAAGUGUAUUAGCAGUCUG